AUGCAUGCAUUAAGUGAAAUUUUACAGACGUCCGAUGACCCAAUUACUAAAAGUGAAGCAUUAUCAUUGUUGAAUGAAGUUGGAAGUUUUGAAUUUUUAUUAAGUAUGAUUAUUUGGUAUGAACUACUUACAGAAGUAAAUAUUGUAAGUAAUAAUUUUCAAAAUCCUAAUAUGCAAUUAGAUGUUUCAACUAACAUGCUUAAAGGUCUUAUUGUAUUUCUUGAAAAAUACCGGGACAACGGAUUUGAAAAAGCAAUGGAAACUGCCAAACAACUAGCAAUUGCUAUUGAGAUUGAACCUACAUUUAAUGAAGUACGUUACAGAAAAAAGAAAAGAUGUUUUAGUUAUGAAAGUGUUGAUGAAACCCUUCAAGAUCCACAGCAAAAUUUUCGCACUCAAUAUUUUUUAGUUAUUUUGGAUUCAGCGAUUAUGUCAAUGUCAAAGCAAUUUAACCAAAUAAAUAAUUUUAAUUCAAAUUUUGGAUUUUUGUAUGAUGUAAGCAAGUUAAAAACUAUGUCUGACGAAGAAAUUCGAAAACAUUGCCAAGAUCUUCAAAUAAUUUUAACAGAAGGCGAAGAUAAAGAUAUAGAUGCUAUUGAUUUAUUUGAAGAAUUUCUCAUUCUUCGAGAGAUGGUUGAUAAUAAUAUGACAGCUUUACAGACAUUGACAUUGGUUAAAAAGUCAUUGGGUUCAUUUUCAAACGUUGAAGUUGCUCUAAAAAUUUUAUGA